AUGACUAAACACGUCCCUUCUGGGUUUGCCUAUAAAGUGGUUGGCUUGUCACCUGAACAUUGCAAACCACUUGUCACCUAUGGAGGAUUAGAUGCCACCGACAAAUUUGUCGAGUGCAUGGUCAAAGAACAAGAGGACAUAGAAGAGAAAUUUAAACAGUGUGAGCUAAUGGUGAUGACGGGACGAGAUUGGCAAUCAUUCAAGACGGCCACGCAGUGUCACAUAUGUAAGGCGCCACUCGGUCCUAAUCCAGUCAGGGACCACUGUCACAUUACUGGAGAGUUUAGGGGUGCAACCCACAGUGAAUGUAACCUCAACUACAAGUUUACUGGGCGCAUUCCCGUUGUUUUCCAUAACUUGAGAGGCUAUGACAGUCAUCUCAUCAUGCAGGCCAUAGGAAAAAUUCAGAGUAAACCCAUCAGUUGCAUUCCCAACAAUAUGGAAAAGUACAUCUCCUUCAGUCUAGGGUGCAUGCAUUUUAUCGAUUCCUUUCAGUUUAUGAACUUUUCCUUGGAGAAACUCGUAAGCAAUCUGGCCAAGGAAGGACCUUCUAAGUUUGUCCACAUGACUCAACAUUUCGGCGCAGAUCAACUGCCCCUUUUGUUGAGAAAGCAGGUCUACCCAUACGAAUACUUUGAUUCUGAAGCUCGGUUCUUAGAGACCCAGCUCCCACCCAAAGAAGCAUUUCGAAGCUCCUUAACUGAUGAAGACAUAAGUGACGAGGACUAUGCUCAUGCCCAAGGAGUAUGGGAGGAAUUUCGCAUCCGAGACCUCGGUCAGUACCACGAUCUGUACGUUUCAACAGAUGUUUUGGCUCUAGCAGACGUUUUUGAAAAUUUCCGGGGUAUCUGUUUGAACUAUUAUGGACUCGACCCAGCUCAUUUCUACACGUCUCCAGGUCUGGCAUGGCAGGCAGCCCUAAAGAUGACUGGUGUGAAACUCGAACUUCUUACAGACAUCGACAUGCACCUCUUCAUCGAAAAGGGACUUUGGGGUGGAAUCUCCAUGAUAUCCCAUCGUCAUGCCAAAGCUAACAACAACCAGGUCCCAAACCACGACCCUGAUCUUCCCAAUACCUAUAUUGCUUAUCUAGAUGCCAACAACCUUUAUGGGUGGGCCAUGUCACAAGCCCUUCCAGUGUCUGGGUUCCAGUGGCUAGAUGAUCCCCAUAUAGAUGUGACCGAGAUACCCGAUGAUGCAUCUGUAGGCUACAUCUUAGAAGUCGACCUGGACUAUCCCCAAGAACUACACGACCUCCAUAACGAGUAUCCUCUUGCUCCAGAGAAAAUGACAGUGACUGAAGACAUGCUAUCUCCCUAUGCUUCCCAGCUUCUGAAAGAGCUAGAUAUGAGUGGCAUUUCAACAGAGAAACUGAUCCCAAACUUGAGACAGAAGGAGAGAUAUGUAGUGUACUACCGAAAUUUUAAAAUGUAUAUCUCACUGGGCAUGAAACUGACCAAGAUCCAUCGAGUGUUGGCCUUUGAACAAAGCCCAUGGUUGAAGGCCUACAUCGAUUUCAAUACAGACAGACGCAAAUGUGCCCAAAACGAUUUUCAAAAAGAGUUCUUCAAACUGAUGAACAACUCUGUCUUUGGCAAGACGAUGGAGAACCUGAGGAAGCACGUGGACGAGAAAUUGGUUAAUAAUUCAAAACGCUCUCGCAAGUUCAUUGCCAAACCCACUUUUCAUGCCUUUCGCAUUUUCAACAAAGAUCUGGUGGCCAUCCACAUGCAGAAGCAACGGCUGAUUUUGAACAGACCGAUCUAUGUGGGUUUCGCCAUUCUGGACAUUUCGAAAAUCUUAAUGUAUGAUUUUCACUAUAACGACAUCAAGUCCAAGUAUGCAUCCAAAGCUCAACUCCUGUUCACAGACACCGAUUCGUUGUGUUACUACAUCCAGACAGAUGACAUCUACCAAGACAUGUUACAGGACUCCAAUCUGUUUGACACUUCAGAGUAUCCCACUGACCAUGUUCUGUAUAGUACCGUAUUGGGUAAAAUGAAGGAUGAGACUCAUGGAAUCCCUAUCCAGGAGUUUGUGGGUUUGAAAUCCAAAAUGUAUUCCUUCAUUUUUGAGGAGAAAGGUGAGCUGGUGGAAAAGAAAACGGCCAAAGGGAUCAAGAAGAGUGUCAUCAAAAGCCACACAAAGCAUGAACAUUACAAACAGUGUCUCUUUGAAAGACGCAUACACAUGUCAAACAUGACUCAGAUCAGGAGCUAUAGCCACCAACUGUACAACAUCAAACUGAAUAAGUUAGGGCUAUCUCCCUUUGAUGACAAAAGGUAUCUAUUGUCUGAUGGCAUAAGCAGUCUUGCCUAUGGCCACUAUCACAUCUCAGCAUAA